AUGAACCGCGAGACGAGUUCACCAUUUCGCCAUGACGAAUGUGUCAUACUGGAUGUGUAUGACUGCUUCGACGGGUUAAGAAAUGGAAAAAAAAAUUACUUAAAAAAUGUAGUGAGUGGGAACCCUUUUAUGACAGCCAAUUUGAGCCUCCUUUCGAGUAGGCAGCGAUGCAGCCAUUGUUACUCAACGAACAACAAAGUCUACAUGAAGGGAGAAAUUUACGACGUGCUCCCCGCCCUAUGCAAGGACAAAGAAAUCCAAGCCAUUGCAGCAAACUUAAUUUUCUUCAUUUUAAAAUUUGUGAAUCUUAAAAAUGUAGAAACAGCACAGGAGUAUAAGGACAACAUAAAAAAGGUGUACGCCGACUUGAUCAGAUGUUACCACAAGAUAUUUACAGAAAAAGGAGAACAUGGCGAAUACAUUUUUUCCAUUUUUAACGACCAAGUUGUAAAAUAUGUUAGCCCUUCUUUGAGGAAAAAUAAAAAAAACAUCAUCCAGGAACUUGUGCUAAACAGCUUAUGUUUUUUUUUUAAAAAUAAUAAAACACUUAAGGACAGAUUAGACCCAAAUCUGAUGUGCGAAAUUGUCAAGUAUAGAAAAUUUUUGUACAUACUUGAUUGUCUAUCUUUUGAUCGCCACCUGUUGAGGGAAGGCAUGACUGCCCGACAGGUGGACUAUUUAUUUAGUAACUUUUUAAACGACCGAGCGCACCUUUGCCAGGCCAUUUCGUUAGCUUCGUUGUUUCUGUCUGAUGAGCAUAUCGGUUUUAGUUCCCCCUUUAAGGAAGACAGCGCUUAUAACUGCAGGAUUCUGCUAAAGUACAUACUACAGGCGCAGUCCAAGAAUUGUCUCUUUUUAUUUUUGGAUGGUGUCAAAUGCGACGAUUUGAAGAGGGAUGUCUAUCGGUGGCUGACCUCCGUGGACGAAGCAUCAGGGUUCUUUGCCGACUACUGGGCAUACCUCGCGGCGCGGGAGUACCUACUGCGAAGCAAGGCAAGGGAGACAGGCGAAGCUGAAGAGGACCCCCCCAGCGAGGGAACCCUUAACGAAGGAGCUCAAAACCAAAAUUGCGUCCCAUGGGGAAAGAAGUCACUCCAUAGGCAGAGUGACUACUAUGAGCUGCCCGAAGAAAUGAAAAACAUAUCAAUGGUAACAAAUGUAGAAGGUUUGAAUAGGAUGAUAGGAACGAUAAAGUCUGGUCAGGAACAACACUGGAUGGAUAGCAUAUACAACGAUGACAGGAUUUACACACCCGAGUCCUGUGACGACAUAAUAACUGCAGAAGAUAUUAAUAACCACUUGAGAGGGAGAAAAAGAAAGUAUUACAUCGGCAUCGAUAUCGAAUGGAACAGAAACCAAAAGGCUACCAUCAUUUCAGUGGCGACAAUGGAACAUAUUUACCUAAUCGAUCUUCUAAGUGUGGAUUAUAAUUACAAAAUUUUAAUUCACUCCUUUUUUAAGUGGCUACUAGAGAACCCGUUUGUCUGUAAGCUCUUUUACAACUUUCCCUGCGACAUGCGUAUUUUAAAUUCAUCCUUUCAAGGCAUAUCAAUUUUGUGUACCUACCUAAAUGUGACGGAUCUGAAAGACCCCCUAUUAUUUUUGCACCAGCAGAGUGGGGUCACUGGAGACAGUGCAGAUAGUGUCGUUUCUUGUGAACUGUUUAAUCGAAAUAUAAUUGAGACGAAUGACAUUGAGUUAUUUAAAAAGGUGACAACAAGUAGCUUUCGCGACUACAACGGUAGGGUGAGACAUCGCAACUGUGAUAAUUCCGAGGGAACGAUAAGUGUGUCUCCGAGUCGAACCAGUGAUAAGCUUCAUUUUAAAAGUCUGAAUCAUUUAUGCCAGAAAAUUCUGGGCAAAAAUUUAAAUAAACAAUUGCAGUUAUCCAAUUGGAGUAGGAGGCCACUAAUGGAGAGUCAAAUACAUUACGCAGCCACCGAUGCGUAUGUCCUCAUCGUGCUGGAAGGACUCCUUAUUGAGAGGAAUUAUUCCUCCACGUGUUCCUCAAAUAGUAGUAGCCUUAGCGAUGUGUUUGUUCAGAAGUACAAAUGUAGAAAUUGUUCCUGGGAGUAG